AUGGCUUCCACUUACACGUACCAGUUCGAUACUGCCGUUUACAAGGGCGCUGUUACAUUCCCUACCCAACUGUUCAUCAAUGGUGAAUUUGUCGACCCCAUCAAUAAGGGGACAAUCGAUUUGAUCAAUCCGGCUACUUGCAAGGCUAUUGCCCGAGUUUCAGUUGGAGAUCGUGAAGACAUCGAGCUUGCAGCACAAGCAGCAAGAGCAGCAUUCAAGGAACACUGGGGUUUGAAGGUGUCUGGCGCAGCUAGAAGCAAACUAUUACACAAGCUCGCUGAUCUUGUCGAUGCCAACACUGACGAAAUAGCUGCUCUCGAGGCCCUGAACGUCGGCAAGGCCUUUUACGCGGCCAAGACAAUGGAUUUGCCAAUUAUAAGUUCUAUUCUGCGCUACUACGCUGGUUGGGCUGAUAAAAUACAGGGAAAGAGCAUUCAGACGACACCUGACAAGGUUGGCUUUACCCGUCACGAGCCUAUUGGGGUAGUCGGCGCAAUCGUUCCAUGGAACUUUCCCCUGAGCACGCUUAUCAUGAAACUCGCCCCCGCACUCGCUUGCGGAAAUACCAUUGUAGCGAAGCCUUCUGAGUUCACACCACUCUCCGCACUUUUCUUAUGCACAUUGAUCCAAGAAGCUGGUUUUCCACGUGGAGUAAUCAACGUUGUACCCGGCUAUGGUGACACUGCGGGUCAAGCGGUCGGUGAAAGUAUGAUAAUCGACAAGGUUGCAUUUACUGGAAGUACUCUCACGGGUAGGAAGAUCAUGGAAGCAGCUGCAAGAAGCAACCUGAAGAAAAUAAGCCUCGAGUUAGGUGGAAAGAAUCCGAGCAUCAUCUUUGAUGACGCGGAUGUUGAUCAGGCUGUCAAGUGGGCUAUUAAUGGGAUUUUCAUGAACCAAGGCGAGCUCUGUGUUGCGGGAUCCCGGAUUUACGUGCAGGCAGGCAUUUAUGACGACUUUCUGCAAAAGUUCACAGAGAGCGCUCAGAGUCUUCCUGUGGGUGAUCCAUUUUCCCCGGACACGUUCCAGGGACCUCAGAUAUCUGAGAAACAAUUCGAACGUGUCAUGGAGUACAUCAAAUCUGGCCAAGCAGAAGGUGCAACUCUUCGCCUUGGUGGCGAGCGGCACGGCACAGAAGGUUAUUUCAUACAACCUACGGUCUUCACGGACUGCACGCCCAGCAUGAAGAUCGUGCAAGAGGAAAUAUUUGGUCCUGUAGCAGCAAUUAUGAAAUUCUCCGCAGAGGAAGAGGUGAUUGAACAGGCAAACAAUACCACGUAUGGGCUUGCGUGUUCGGUUUAUACGAAGAAUAUCGAUAGAGCAAUGCGUGUUGCAAGCAGCAUCGAGGCAGGCACCGCGUGGGUAAACUUCACCAAUUGGCCAGACCUUGGAUUGCCAGUUGGUGGGUUCAAGCAAUCUGGUGUUGGCAAAGACCUGGGUGAAGAGGCUCUUGAGAACUACACCAAUGUCAAGGCAGUGCACAUUAACAUUGGCAUUAAGAUCUAA